AUGAACUCUUCGGCAAGUCCAUUCAGAACGGUUGGUAAGAGUGUAUUAUAUGCAUUUGGAAUUGGUAUAGCAGCAAUAUUUAUAUCUAAAUCCAUCAUUAGAGAUAGAAGGGAUAAGCAUUUUAUAACAGCUGCCAGAGUUAUGAAAGAUAAUGAAGAUGAUAAGAAUAGGGAUUAUUAUGAUAAUGUUGCACUGGUGAGGCCAGGUUUUCCUCUGCCCAGGGAAGAACAGACCUUAAAGAGGAAAAAUAGGUAUGAGGGUACCGGUGUAAGUGCAGCGACUCGCAAGAGAGGUGAUAAACUGGGAUUUUGGGAUAGAAGAAAUAAUUAA